GAAGACGUUGAUCUGGAAGAUAAUGCAUCAGAUACAACCAAAACCUCAUCAACCGCCGAGAUCUUUGACAAGGCGGAGUUUCUUCCCCUGCGAGGUGAUGCAAAUGUAUCAGCAUCUUCCCUAACACAGAGACUGAAGAAACGAGUCAAAGCCUCUUCCAACUUCUGGACAUGGUUGCGAUGGGGUGUGAUUGUUGGGUUGCAGACAAUUCUGAUAUUAUUGCUCUCUUUGAAGCAAAAUGGUAACACAGAACCAAGCAACGAUCUUGGUGGCCAAUUUGUCGAGACUGGUAGUGACAUUAAUGGCCUGUACAAGACGGUAUCACAUACGUACACGUUUCUCAAGCCUGAAGAGGAUAAAUUUAUUCCGAACAUGACCUCGAAUGAUAAUCGAAUGGAGAUCCGGAAAAAUUGGGACAUGCUGAUGCCACUUGGGAGCGGGAGCGUGCUUAUCCCUGACUAUUUGGACCAUCCCUUGCUUGGGAAACCCAUUACCGACGACCCCAUUCGUUCCGGACCGUUAUUUGAGGCAUCAUGGACACAUGCGCUACACUGUUUAUACUACAGCGUGGAUAGCUAUCACCAGCUGAUACUGAAUGGGCCUAGUGAGGAUGAUAACCCAAGACAUGCAGCCCAUUGUUUCGAGUAUCUUCGAAACAGCAUUCUAUGCAAUCUCGACAUGACUCUAGAAGGAUCCAUGUCGACGCCAGAUGAUAAAGAAAGGGGACAGCCUCAUGUUUGCCGCAAUCGGGAAGAAGCUAUCGCUUGGAUUGAGGCCCGGAGGAUGGAUGAUGCACAGGACAUCGUCGGUCCCUGA